GCUUUUCAGAAACAGGGAAGAGGCACAGAGAAGUGUAGAGCAGAAGCUAUGGCGCUCUUCCGAAAGCCGUUUAUAACUUCUCUCUAGAAAAUCUUCUCAAUUUUUUCCUUUCUCGUUUGGUAUAGUUUCGGCUUCACAUGGACUGUGCUUAUUCCUCGACGACCGUGAUUCAAGAUUCUGAACUGUGGUUCUUGAGUUUUUCAUUUUGUGUUUUCGUUUUGGCUGUGUGAUCAUGGAUAUUGAGACGGAGAGCUGUAGUAGUAGAGCCGUGGAUUUUGCACCGACUCACAGUCGGAACCGGAGAUUGAAGGUCAUUGCGUACGAUCAAGUUCUUCAUCUACUCAAGGACUCGAACUUCGCAGAGGCCAAUCUUCCUGGUUUUGAAGAUGAGCUCUGGAUGCAUUUUCAUCGGCUCCCCCCAAGGUAUGCCUUGGAUGUGAAUGUCGAGAAAGCACAAGAUGUUCUUAUGCACAAAAGAUUACUGCAUAUGGCACGCGAUCCUGCUACCAAACAUGCAAUCGAAGUUCGUGUCGUGCAGGCUCAUUUUGCUACUACUGGAAAUUGCAGUUAUUCAUUUUAUUCAAACUCUCAAAGAAAAGUGGAUCCUCAGCGUUCUGAUAAUAGCAGGGAAAAUGGGGCAAGGCUUGAGAUUACAAUUUCAACAAACGACAAGCCCAAACUUUUCAGUCAGUUGACUUCUUUACUGUCUGAGAUUGGGCUGAACAUUCAAGAAGCACAUGCUUUUUCCACUGUGGAUGGAUACUCAUUGGACUAUUUUCUUGUUGAUGGUUGGGCACUCGAGGAGACCGAGCAGCUUAGAAAUACACUUGUCAAGAAAAUACCAAGAAUUGAGAAGCACCCUUUGUUGAAAUUUCAUCGUGUUCCCGCUGCUGAGGAGCAAGAGCAAACUGGAAUCAAGUCUAUCCCUAAGCAUGUGAAUAUGUCCACUGAUGGAAUUAACGAUUGGGAAAUAGAUACAAGGCAGUUGAAAUAUGAAAAGAAAAUUGCAUCUGUAUCAUUUUGCGAUUUGUAUAAAGGUACUUUUUGUAAUCAAGAUGUAGCAAUUAAAGUUCUGAGGGCUGAGCACAAAGAUAUUAAUAUCAUGAGGGAAUUCACUCAAGAAGUCCAUAUUAUGAGGAAUAUUAGGCACAAUAAUGUUAUUCAAUUCAUCGGGGCAUGCCUGAGAACCCCAAACCCCUGUCUUGUCAUGGAGUACAUGUCUGGUGGAAGCAUGCAUGACUUUCUUCAUAAACAAAAGGAUGUUUUGACACUUCAAUACUUAAUCAAUGUAGCAAUUGGUGCUUCCGAGGGAAUGAAAUUCUUGCACCAAAAUAAUAUAAUACAUCGGGACCUGAAAGCUGCCAAUCUUUUGAUGGAUGGAAAUGGAGUUGUCAAGGUUUCUGAUUUUGGUGUAGCCAGAAUGCAAGAUCAAUCUGGUGUCAUGACUUCAGAAACUGGAACAUAUCGUUGGAUGGCUCCAGAGCUUAUUGAACACAAACUAUAUGAUCACAAAGUUGAUGUAUUCAGCUUUGGAGUUUUACUAUGGGAGCUGCUUACAGGAAAGCUUCCAUAUGAGCACCUAACCCCCGUACAAGCAGCACUUGGUGUAGUCCAGAAGGGUCUGAGGCCUACAAUUCCGAGUCAAACUUACCCAAAGCUUGUGGAAUUGCUUGAGAGAUGCUGGCAGCAAGAUCCAUUCUUAAGACCAGAAUUCUCAGAAAUUGUAGAAAUUUUGCAGCAAAUGGCCAAGAGGGUGAGCAAGGACGAGAGAAUGCACCGGCAAAAGGGGAAAUCAUCUAGAAGAGUAUCUGAUUAUGGGAAGAGUAGCCAUCAAAGUGGCAGAAGGCCGUUUGAAAGACAUCAAUGAUCUCGUUUCGCGGGGAUUUUUCGUUUUGUACUUGCUUUCUUUUGUACUCUUGUUCUGUAAAUCUGAUUAAUCAAUAGAUAACCUGUGAUCAAUUAGAUAAAUUUAGUGAUAAGCCAUGAGGGAAAUGUUUCUCAGACGUUCUCUUCCAAGAAACAGAAUGUAAAUACUAGAACAGCUCAAAUAUCUGGGAAAUCCAUACUUGGUUAUU